AUGCCUUCUCAGAUCAAGCGCCAACGCUCACGUUCAAAUAGCUCCCUCCUCGUCCUCCGGCAAGCGAUUCUUUGGCAUACCUCGAAAGAGCUACCCCGCGCCUCCCGCCGCUGCCUCGAUCCCGCUUCCAACCUCUCCUCCCGCUCAGCAAACUACGUUCUCAUACCCUCUUCCUCACAGGGCGCUCAAUCGGGCCAGCAUCAACCAACAACAUUUUCGGUGCCACCUCCUCAGCAGCCGUCGCCGUCUCUGGCGCAGCCAAAGGGAUAUCCACCUCCGCCAUCCGUUGGGCAGCCGGGCGAGGCCACUCAUUACCCCGCGCCCCCGUCAGCACUUCAGCCAGGCCACAGCUACCCAGCACCUCCCCAACAACAGCCCUCACCACAAUCGUCGCGAACAAACUCAUACCCGCCUCCUCCACAGGCUACAAGUCCCCCGCUUAUUCAGAGCUCCGCGCAGUAUCCCCCUCCGCCGUCACAAUCACCGCAGCAACAGCAACAGCACAAUUACCCGUUGCCCCCGGUUGAUCAGCUUCAGCAGCAGCAAAGCCAAAUUCCUCUGCACAUAGUGGCAAGCCCAGACAACCAACAGCACUCAACUGCGACGCCACCGCCUCCUGCUGCAUUUGAUGGGCCGCCAUCCUUCGAUGGGCCACCGACCGCUGCCUACCCCCCGGAAAAAGGGCAGGCCUUUGACCAAGAUAGCGACGAGGACGAGGAGGAUGAAGUUCCGAACCAGGGGCCGGUCAAGUUCAUCUCGGGCGCUCCGCCCCCGGAGCUCUUUGUGGGCGCGACCGGCACGUCUGCCGUGGACGAUGUCGGCACGUUCAACGGAGGCAGCUAUCGCAUCAGCCAUCGCGACAGUAACACCAUCCUCACCAUCCAGCUGGCCGUAGGUUGUCCCCUGAAGGCGAAGCCGGGCACCAUGAUUGCCAUGUCACCGACGGUGAUUCUGCGGGGCCAGCUCAAGUUCAGUAUGAAGAAGCUCGUGGCCGGCGCAGAACUCGCCCAGUCAACGUUCACGGGCCCUGGCCAGGAUGCCUACGUCGCGUCGACGCAGGGCGUCAUUUGCGACUACAAGCGCCAGGGUCUCGGCAAAGCCAUCUUCAGCGGCGAAGGCCUGUUUGUGUAUAAGAUCAGCGGGACCGGUCUGCUCUGGAUCACCAGCUUCGGUGCCAUCAUCCGUAAAGAUUUGAUCCCCGGCGAGAAGUACAUCGUCGACAAUGGACACCUUGUCGCGUGGAACACGAAGUACAUCAUUGAGCGCGUGGCUUCGGGUGGCAUCAUCUCGGGCAUCUCCUCGGGCGAGGGGCUCGUCUGCAAAUUCACAGGACCAGGCACUGUCUACAUGCAGACCCGUAACCCCAUAGCAACCAUGGGCACACUGGGUACGGCCUUCACAUCUCAAUGA